AAGAGGCAUGGCAGAGCCCUAACCAAACUAUGCCUGCUCAAUUGAACAACGUUUUAAAGGGGUUGACUCUGAAGAGGCCUAAGCCAGGCAGUCUGUUGAGCCCUACAAUGAAGAAGCUUAAGCCUAGCCAACUUUUGAGGGAGAGUCAUGUGCUAUCUCUACGUAGCGCUGUGAGAGGUUCUAUUAAGGUUGGUGGCUCUAACAACAACUCUAGAAGAAAAAAGAGGGGUCCAAAAAUGAAGAUAUGUCUGUCUAUAGCUCAAACAAAUAUGAUGGUUGAUGAAGUUAGUUCAUGUUCCUGUUGCAAAUUUUGAUGGUUUUUUCUUUGGAAGGUCAAUUGAAGCUGGGUCUAGUGGUUACCCUGAAACCACUGUUCAGCCAUGAGGUUGCUGUGGUUUGGCAAGCUUGGGAUGGGGUCUUCCUAGGCUUGCUUGAUGCUAUCUUGUGGCUCAUAUUUUGACCGUAGUUAUGUUUUUUCUAUGUUUGUGUUAAGCUUGCUGUUGGUGGAUAUUUUGUUGUGUUCUCGUUUCAAGAAAGGAUUGUUAGUGGUGGUGAAGAUGUAUGGCUGGAGUUGGUAGAAUGGGAUGGUCUAUUAGAGGGGAGAUGGACUGUGGAUGAGAGUUUCUCUCCACUUAAGGAUGCUGGCCCUUCUGGCAGGCUAUGCUGUUCUACUAAACAUCAUCAAGGUCAUCAUCAAACCUUCAUCUGCUGCUCAGUGGGUGCUCCGUGACAAGGGGUAGCUGGAGACAGGUUGCCGAAGCAGUUUCUCUGGAUUAGCAGCUGUGAGUCCUUGAGUACAUCUCCACCUUUCUUCUUCUUUGCUUUGAGGCGUGGAACAAUGACCAAGCUUGUGAUAAGCUACACUGUGGGGCUUGAGCUGCUGACAUCCUUCUUGAUGUUUCCUUCCUUGCAUUUUGUUUUCAAUGGUUUUUGGUGUUUCUGUCUGUUUGAACUUUGUGUAGCCACUGCUAGUAGGAGUGGUGGCUGUGUAUAUGGAGUUUAUCUUAUCUUUCUGUAAAGACUUUUUAUUUUGUUCAUGAAUACAAUGUUUAGUUUUCC